AUGUCUGCCCUCAAGCGCGUCCUCGUCACCGGCGGACUGGGCUACAUCGGAUCUCACGUCGUCGUCUCCUUGCUCCUCACCGCCAAGUUCCUGCCCAUCGUCCUCGACAACUGCCACAACGCCUACCCCGAGUCCCUCCGCAGAUGUGCUGAAAUUGCUCGUGAUGAGCUCGGACCUAACGCUCCCCAGCCUAUCCUCCACAACGUCGACCUUCGCGACACCAAGGCUAUUGAGGGUGUCUUUGAGCAGUACAAGAACGACGGCGGAAUCUGGGCGGUCAUCCAUCUGGCUGCGCUCAAGGCUGUGGGCGAGUCUUCCGAAAUUCCUCUGAGCUACUACCAAGUCAACGUCGCUGGCUCUAUCUGUCUCCUGGAGACAAUGCGCAAGUUUAACUGCAACAACAUUGUAUUUUCUUCUUCUGCCACCGUCUACGGUGCCCCUAAAACCAUCCCCAUUCCCGAAAGCUCUCCCGUAGCUCCCGAAUCCGUGUAUGGCCGCACAAAAGCCAUGGUUGAGGAUGUGAUUCACGACACUUCGCGAGUGAUUGCCAAGGAGGAGAGCGAUCAGUUUAGAGCUGUCAGUGUGCGGUAUUUCAACCCUGCCGGUGCCCACCCAUCAGGCAAGCUUGGAGAAGAGCCCAGAGGCAAGCCAGGAAACCUUCUGCCUCUCCUUGCGCAAAUGGCCAGCGGCAGAGAAAAGUCUCAGCUCAAGGUCUUUGGUACCGAUUUCCCCACACCCGAUGGAACAUGCGUCCGAGACUACCUCCACAUCAUGGACCUCGCCCACGGCCACAUUCUCGCCCUCGAAGCCCUCCUCGUCCCCUCUUCCGACCCCUCCAGUAUCUUUGGCAAGGUCAACACUUCCACCGAAGGUUUCUUCCGCGCCUUCAACUUGGGCAAGGGCAAGGGGAUGAGUGUGUUGAACAUGAUUGAGGCUAUGAGGAAGGCUACUGGGUUCGACUACAAGUAUGAGAUUGUCGGUAGGAGGACUGGUGAUGUCCCCGACCUUACCGCCGACCCUGCGCUCGCUGAAAAGGAGCUUGGCUUUGUCGCCAACGAAAACCUCGAGACAAUGUGCCGCGACUUGUGGAACUUUCAAACGCGGCACCCCAACGGGUACAGCUCUGCUUCUGCCUAA